UCAGCCCCACAUGCUGUUUGCAAACCUGUCUGAGGCCCUAAACAGCCAGAGACCUCACUCCCGUGGAGCCGGCAUGUCCACUGCAGUCCUGGAAAACCGAGGCUUCGGCAGGAAACUCUCUGACCUUGGACAGGAAACAAGCUAUAUUGAAGACAACUCCACUCAAAAUGGUGCCAUAUCACUGAUCUUCUCACUCAAAGAAGAAGUUGGUGCAUUGGCCAAAGUGUUGCGGUUAUUUGAGGAGAAUGAUAUAAACCUGACCCACAUUGAAUCCAGACCUUCUCGUUUAAAGAAAGACGAGUAUGAAUUUUUCACCCAUUUGGAUAAACGUAGCCUGCCUGCUCUGACAAACAUCAUCAAGAUCUUGAAGCACGACAUUGGUGCCACCGUCCACGAGCUUUCACGAGAUAAGAAGAAAGACACAGUGCCCUGGUUCCCAAGAACCAUUCAAGAGCUGGACAGAUUUGCCAAUCAGAUUCUCAGCUAUGGAGCAGAGCUGGAUGCAGACCACCCUGGUUUUAAAGAUCCUGUGUACCGUGCAAGACGGAAGCAGUUUGCUGACAUUGCCUACAACUACCGCCAUGGGCAGCCCAUCCCUCAAGUGGAAUACACGGAGGAAGAAAAGAAAACAUGGGGUACGGUGUUCAAGACUCUCAAGUCCUUGUAUAAAACUCAUGCUUGCUACGAGUACAAUCAUAUUUUUCCACUUCUUGAAAAGUACUGUGGCUUCCACGAAGAUAAUAUUCCGCAGCUGGAAGACGUUUCUCAAUUCCUGCAGACUUGCACUGGUUUCCGCCUCCGACCUGUGGCUGGCCUGCUUUCCUCUCGCGAUUUCUUGGGUGGCCUGGCCUUCCGAGUCUUCCACUGCACGCAGUACAUCAGACAUGGAUCCAAGCCUAUGUACACCCCUGAACCUGACAUCUGCCAUGAGCUGUUGGGACAUGUGCCCUUGUUUUCAGAUCGCAGCUUUGCCCAGUUUUCCCAGGAAAUUGGCCUUGCCUCUCUGGGUGCACCAGAUGAGUACAUUGAAAAACUUGCCACAAUUUACUGGUUUACUGUGGAGUUUGGGCUCUGCAAACAAGGAGAUGCCAUAAAGGCAUAUGGAGCUGGGCUCCUGUCUUCCUUUGGUGAAUUACAGUACUGCUUAUCAGACAAGCCAACGGUCCUUCCCCUGGAGCUGGAGAAGACAGCCAUCCAAAAGUACACUGUCACAGAGUUCCAGCCCCUGUAUUACGUGGCAGAGAGUUUUAAUGAUGCCAAGGAGAAAGUAAGGAACUUUGCUGCCACAAUCCCUCGGCCCUUCUCAGUUCACUAUGACCCAUACACCCAAAGGAUUGAGGUCUUGGACAAUACCCAGCAGCUUAAGAUUUUGGCUGAUUCCAUUAACAGUGAAAUUGGAAUCCUUUGCAGUGCCCUCCAGAAAAUAAAGUAAAGCCACGGACAGAAUCUAUUGAUGGAGAUACAACUACUUCUUUUACCAGAAAAAAGUCUGAAAAGCAAACCUUAAUUUGAAAUGACAGACUUAAACUCUUUUUACAACAAGAUGGAGAAACAACAAAUACGUCAAAAUAAUCUGAAAUGACAGGAUAUGAAUACAUACUCAAAAGCAUAAUGGUAAAUCCUGUGGGGUCAUCUUUGAUUUAGAGAUGAUAAUCCCAUAUUCUCAAUUGAGUUAAAUCAGUAAUCUGUGGUAUUUCAUCCGGGUUAAUUAAAAUUUGGGACCUGCUUCAUUCAAGCUUCAUAUAUGCUUUGUAGAGAGUUCGUAAAGAAUUAUAUAAGGCUAAAUGUAAAUCCAAAGAAUGUCAUUAUAAUUGAAUUAUUGGGCUUAAUAUAAAUUGUAACCUAUGAAGUUUAUUUUCUAUUUGAGUUAACUGUGAUUUCAAUCACUGCUUUGUUAUUGCACCUAAGUAAAUUUUCUAUAAUUCAGAAGCCUGUUAAAAUAGUUGCAAACAUUGACCUUCUUUAGUAUUAUAUUAAUAUAAAAACAUUUUUGUAUGUUUUAUUGUAAUCAUAAAUACAGUGUAUAAGGUAAUAGAAUUCCCCCCCCCAAUCCCUACAACUUCCAGUAUCAUUUUUCAAUUAAUUAAUUAUCUAGUCUGUUUUGGGAGACAUUUUGAAGACAUUUAUGAUGCAGCAGAUGUUGACUAAAGGCUUGGUUGGUAGAUAUUCAGAAAAUGUUCAUUGAAUAAAUAAGUGAAUACAUUAUUGAAAAGCAAAUCUGUAAAUGUGAAAAUUUUAUUUUUAUUAGAAAUAAAACAUUAAUAGUUUACACAA